AUGAGAAGAGUCGACGAUAGAUGGACUAAGAGAACGCUAGAGUGGAUCCCAAGGGACGCUAAACGCCCCCGAGGGAGACCGCCAACGAGAUGGGGUGACGUGUUCGCUACACUGAUGGACCAGCUGAGAGCUCAGCUGGAUACGGCUCAAGGACCUCGUCAACGUCACUCACGAAGUUUGAAAACAUCUUGGAUGACAAUGGCGAGGGAACGAAACGAGUGGAAGAGAUGCUGGGGCCCGCACGUCCAGUGA